AAUGUCAACGCUCUCUCAUAUCUGACACCUCUCUCUCUCUCUUUAUCUCUUUCUCUUCGUAUAUAACAUCAUCAACACCAUUUUAUCAACACACACACCUAACUCUACCCCGUACGUCAAACUGUACCCCUAUUCAUUCACCUUGACAUAACAUAUAUCAAAAUCCAGACCCAGAAAAGUGAUAAACACAGAAAGAAAUUAAGAAGACACAACAGUACACACCAUGAAGCUCGUUUGGUCUCCCGAAGAUGCCUUGAAAGCUUACAUAGACACAGUUAAAUCAUGUGAGAAAUUGAAGGAAACCGGGGUAGCUGAGUUGCUAUCAGCCAUGGCAGCAGGGUGGAACACAAAGUUCAUAGUGGAGUCAUGGUCCUACGGCGGCGCCAUAGCCGCGAGCGUAGGCCUAGCAGUUGCAGCUCGCAACACGGGUGCAAGGCACGUGUGCAUAGUCCCGGACGAGCGUUCAAGGUUGCAGUACACGAAGGCCCUGGCGGAGGCGGGGGUGUCGGCGCCGGCGGAGGUGGUGGCCGGGGAGGCGGAGGCGGCGGUGGCGCGGCUCUCGGGGCUGGACUUCCUGGUGGUGGACUGCAGGCGGAGGGAGUUCGCUAGGGUUCUGAGGGUGGCAAAGGUGAGUCCAAGAGGUGCUGUUUUGGCAUGCAAGAAUGCAUGGCACAGAAACUCUUGUGGCGGCUUCAGAUGGAGCGUGGUUCUCCAAAGGGGUGUGCGUGUGGUUAGGUCGGUUUUCCUCCCUGUUGGCAAGGGUUUGGAUAUUGCAUACAUAGGAAGUGGUAGUAGAACUCUUCCACCACCACCAACUUCUUCGAAGGCUCCUAGCCGAUGGAUCAAGCACAUAGAUCAACAAUCUGGAGAAGAACACCUUUUCCGAGAGUCAUGAUCUAUUUUGUUCUUAACUCUUAAAGUUUGAACAUAAAUAAACUAGUUAUCUAUCUAUCUACCUUGUUAUGACUUUUGGUCUCAUCAUGGGUUUAGCUAGUUUGAACGAUUUGAAUAAUCGAUUAAUUAGUUUUUUUGCAGUAUUUUUAAUGAGAUUAUCAAAUUCCUAAGGGGGUUUGGGACUUUGAGGAUA